AUGGUCCCGUCAGCUCUGUCAGCGCGUCAGGUCCAUAGGCGCACUCCCCUCGGGACCACGGCCGCGAACCCCAUCGGGACCGUGGGCCACACAGUAUGUCUGACGAAGGGGGGGGGGGCCCCCCCCCGGGGGGGGUGGUGGGGGCCCCCUCCCCCCCGGGGGGUCACUCCGUUGGAUGGACGCAGUCGGCUGCCCACACCGAGGCGCGCCCCCCUGUUGUGCGAUUCUCUGUCCGUCCUCACCUCAGACUCACAGGACCAGCAACCACACGUCAGGGUCCACAUCAGACUCCUCGACUCUGAGUACAGCUCUGUCAGCUCACGCUGGGACCAGCCAGGUGCCCCCCCCACAAAGACGACACAUGGACUGCAGGAGGGGUCCCAGGAAAGCCGGCACAGGCAGCACGAGCCUCCAGCUUAUACAAUAUCCACAGUAUUUGAUCCGGCCUCAACAUGGGGGUCCUCAAUGGAAACAUAUGGGACUCGAAUAGCCACAACAGGCUCCGCCCCAUGCCCCGCCCCCAGCCCGCCCAUCACCCCCAACCCCCCACCCCGCAUGGACCCGCCUUUGAAAGUGGCUACUGAGGUGGGGCCACUGAGGAACACUCAUCGAGCCCCAGAGCCCCCCUCACACAACACCUCCACCACCAGCCCGUCACCACAGUAA